AUGGCUCCGCGCUGCGUUCCGCCGGGGCAGGGCGGGCGGAUCCCGCUGCCUGGCCCGGCCCUGUCGGUCCGCCCGGGCUCCUCCUCAGUCGCGGGCCCGCCCCGGUCACAGUCCGCCCGCAGCAUGGAGCCGUACCCCAGCUUCCGCGGCCGGCGGGCCCUGGUCACUGGGGCCGGCAAAGGGAUCGGGCGCGCCGUGGCCGUGGCGCUGAGCAGGGCCGGGGCCCGCGUGACCGCGCUGAGCCGAACCGCGGCGGACCUGGAGAGCCUCGCGCGGGAGUGCCCGGGCAUCGAACCCCUCUGCCUGGACCUGGCGGACUGGGACGCGGCGGAGGCGGCGGUGGCUGCGGCGGGGCCCUUCGAGCUGCUGGUGAACAACGCGGCGGUGGCGGAGCUGCAACCCUUCCUGGAGGUGACGCGGGAGGCCUUGCAGCGGUCUCUUGAUGUGAACUUUGGGGCUGUGCUUCACGUUUCCCAGAUCGUUGCUCGGCAGAUGAUCAAGCAGGGAGUGGCAGGGGCUAUUGUGAAUGUCUCCAGCCAGGCCUCGCAGCGUGCCCUGAGGGAUCACGCUGUUUACUGUUCCACAAAAAGUGCUUUGGAUAUGCUGACCAAGGUAAUGGCAAUGGAACUGGGACCCCACAAGAUUAGGGUGAACACUGUGAACCCCACCGUGGUUAUGACUGACAUGGGGAGAAUUAACUGGAGUGACCCUCAGAAAUCUGCUGCCAUGAUUAAUCGGAUUCCCCUGGGAAAGUUUGCAGAGGUGGAUGAUGUGGUAAACAGCGUUCUCUUCCUGCUGAGUGGCAAGAGUGCUAUGACAACUGGCAGCUCACUGAUGGUUGAUGGGGGGUUUCUUGUCUCCUAAGAUGGCACCUGCAUUUUACCCCGGCCUUAAUUUUCAUACUGGUACUGCAUAGAUGUAAGCUGGAUAGAAAUCAAUAACACAGACAUAGUCUUGCUAGAGGGGCAGCAGGGCUGGAGCCUGUAGGAGAAGUGAGGCAGAAAAUAACCUUUGGAAGGCUGGUAUAUAAUAAAGCUCAAAUACAUCGUCAUGGAGAAUGUUUAUUGCACCAAAUAAGGUUUUGUCUUGUCACUCUACAUGAUGAUUAGAAAUUGGACCUCUCUUCUAACCCUGUUCCCCCCCCACAACCCUUCAGAAGCUCUCCCUGUUCCAUCCAAAACCAUAGAGCCUGUCUGCACUUUCAGUGGGAAGGGAAAGAAGUUAGCAGGCUCCUCAUUGCUUCCUUUGCUGUCUUUAGUAGAAAAAAAACAAAAUAGAGGCAAGGACCCCAGCCCUGCUCUGCAGAGACUGGAUUUUGGGGGGAGGCCCGACUAAAGACUGAUGGGGGGGAGCAGCACCAUGCUGUCCUAGGGUGUGCACACACAAAAAGGCAAAUGCAUUGAUUGCACAGAGCUGUUUCACUCACAGAGUUUGGCUAGUACCCAGUAAAGCACCUAAUGAUUA